AAAUAUUAUUUCCGGCUCCUGCCGGAAGUGCCGAAGCUGGCCACUAAGGGAGCUUGGGAGGAUCCCACCUCAGCCUCCGUGACUGGUGAGGUGCGCGAACGCCCGAGUUUUGCGUGGUGCCCGGGUUCAGCCUUCGCGUGCCCUCCACCCUUCCUGGAGUCCGACCCGCCUCCUUCCCAGGCCUUUUGUUCCUGUCCCUGAAAGCUGGCGUCCUGCCGCGCGAUGCCCCUGCUCGGACUUCUUCCCAGGAGGGCCUGGGCUGCGCUGCUCAGCCAGCUCCUGCGACCGCCCUGCGCUUCUUGCACCGGGGCGGUCCGUUGCCAAAGCCAGGUUGCAGAGGCAGUGUUAACAUCCCAACUGAAAGCACAUCAAGAGAAACCAAAUUUUGUUAUCAAGAUCCCAAAGGGUACCAGGGAUCUUAGUCCUCAGCAUAUGGUUGUGAGGGAGAAAAUUCUUGAUUUGGUUAUCAGCUGCUUUAAACGUCAUGGAGCAAAGGGGAUGGAUACCCCAGCAUUUGAGCUGAAGGAAACACUGACUGAGAAGUAUGGAGAGGACUCUGGGCUCAUGUAUGAUCUGAAGGAUCAAGGUGGAGAGCUGUUGUCCCUCCGCUAUGACCUUACUGUUCCCUUUGCUCGUUAUUUGGCCAUGAAUAAGGUGAAGAAGAUGAAACGUUAUCAUGUUGGAAAGGUGUGGCGGCGAGAGAGCCCAAGCAUAGUCCAAGGCCGCUACAGGGAGUUCUGCCAAUGUGAUUUUGACAUUGCUGGUCAGUUUGACCCUAUGAUCCCUGAUGCAGAGUGUUUGAAGAUCAUAUGUGAAAUCCUAAGUGGAUUGCAGUUGGGAGACUUUCUCAUUAAGGUAAAUGACCGGCGGAUUGUGGAUGGGAUGUUUGCUGCCUGUGGUGUUCCUGAAAGCAAGUUCCGUGCCAUCUGCUCCUCCAUAGAUAAACUAGACAAGAUGGCUUGGAAAGAUGUGAGACAUGAGAUGGUGGCGAAGAAAGGCCUGGCUCCUGAGGUGGCUGAUCGAAUUGGGGAUUAUGUCCAAUGUCAUGGUGGGGUAUCCCUGGUAGAGCAAAUGUUUCAGGAUCCCAGACUAUCCCAGAACAAGCAGGCCCUGGAGGGCCUGGAAGACCUGAAGCUGCUGUUUGAAUACCUGACUUUAUUUGGAAUUGCUGAGAAGAUCUCAUUUGACCUCAGCCUGGCUCGGGGCCUAGACUACUAUACAGGAGUGAUCUAUGAAGCAGUGCUGCUGCAGACCCCAACUCAGGCUGGGGAGGAGCCCCUGAAUGUGGGCAGUGUGGCUGCUGGUGGGCGCUAUGACGGGCUGGUGGGCAUGUUUGACCCCAAGGGCCACAAGGUGCCAUGUGUGGGACUCAGCAUUGGGGUUGAACGCAUCUUCUACAUUGUGGAGCAGAGGAUGAAGACCAAAGGUGAGAAGGUGCGGACUACAGAGACUCAAGUGUUUGUGGCCACACCACAGAAGAACUUUCUCCAAGAACGGUUGAAACUUAUUACAGAGCUUUGGGAUGCUGGAAUCAAGGCAGAGAUGCUAUACAAGAACAACCCCAAACUAUUAACCCAGCUGCACUAUUGUGAGAGCACAGGCAUUCCACUGGUGGUCAUUAUUGGUGAGCAAGAACUGAAAGAAGGGAUCAUCAAGAUCCGUUCGGUGGCCAGCAGAGAGGAGGUGGCCAUUAAACGGGAAAAUCUUGUGGCUGAAAUUCAGAAGCGACUGUCUGAGUCUUGAUCCUUGCCUGAUUCCCAUCUGCUGCUCUUUGUAGAAAAGGUUUCCUCUAGAACUGAGUUCCUCUGGAAUUGAGUGAUGGACUUCACAGCAACUGGCCAGGAUGGGUGACAAGUACCUUCUGCCUCCUCCAUCCUUCCUGGGUACAGAACUGUAGAAGACCCUGAGGACUCCUUGGGUAGUGUGAGCAGCUAUUCUGCAUGGGUGCAGAUGGCUGGUAUGUGAAAGAGACAUGCUGUAGCUGCAGAGGCAAAUUUGAAGUGCCACCGAAUGUUGUCAAGAGGUACUGAGAUUGUUGCUGUGAGCAAGGCUCUGGGAGAGUCACCUCAGGCUGAGGAUUCUGAACCAUUGAGAUCAGAAGCCAGAUACUUAGCCUUCUACUGUAGCUACGGAACCAGAUUCUGGUGAAUUUGUCCACAACCAGCCAUUGGCCUGUCUGGGGAGUUUUUGGAAGACAGCAAAGAGGGGCAAUGGCUGCUUUCAGCUUUGUUUGAGGACAGAUGCUAUCCGAAGGGCAUGGCAGUACCCAUGUUGAUUUGACAUCUCUCUAGCCCAUGCAUUGCUAACAAUAGAAGAGUGGGGCUGUAUGCUUAAUAAUCUUGAACAUUGAACUUAAUAGAUGACUUGACAAGGUGGAGAUCUGAUAUUUUGAGAUUUUGGAGACCAUUUCCUGUGCCAGAAUCACUGCUCUAACUAUUCCAUGCCAUGCCAUGGAGGCUGUUCUAGAAGUGGUUGGAUAACAUGUUAAAUAAAAUAUUAAGUGUAGUA